GCAAGGGUCAAAUGAGAUUAAGAACGCAUAGAGCCAAAUUAGGUAAUUUGACACCACCAAAAUAACAAAUUGCGUCUUCAGAAUCGACAUAAUUAAAAAUUUUAAUUAUCUUUUACACAUAAGGUCAAAAACAUUAUAAUAUCAUAAAUUGCAGACAAGCAAAUGCGAUAGAGAUACGUUUGCUCAUUGUUUAUAUUUGCAUCGACCCGCAGAGGGAAGGCGAAGAGAAGCGGGGGAGGGAGAGCAGCAGUGCGGUGGUGCGCAGGCUCGAAAAAUGUUGUGCUAGUAAGGAGCUGGCUGGUGUAGUAAUUAGGAGUACUCGACGCGGCGGCUGUGGCGACGGUCGAUAGCAGGAGCGACAGGCGGUGCCGGCCCGGGUCACGUCCGAACCGAUCGAUAAGGACACGGCAGCGAGAGCCGAGCGACGUCGGUGUCGUCGGUGCUGCGUCGCAGCCAGUACGCCGCGUGACGUGGGCGGCGAGCGAGGAGGCGCGCCAGCCCGCUCCCAUGCGACCCCCGCUCGCGCCAUGAGCGGCGUCGGCCCGGGCAGCGCGCCGCUGCUGCUGCUGCUCACCGCCGCCUUCCUGCCGCACGGCAAUCAUGUCGCGGGUGCAGGUGGGGGUGGCAUGUUUGGAGACGUCAAUAUAUCAGCAAUACUGGAUUCAUUUAGUAUAAGUUAUGACAAAAGAGUAAGGCCGAACUAUGGAGGUCCGCCGGUGGAGGUGGGCGUCACCAUGUAUGUGCUCUCUAUCAGCUCCGUCUCCGAAGUGCUCAUGGAUUUCACAUUGGAUUUUUACUUCAGGCAGUUUUGGACAGAUCCCCGGUUAGCGUAUAAAAAAAGGCCAGGCGUAGAGACGUUAUCAGUUGGAUCUGAAUUCAUUAAAAACAUAUGGGUGCCUGAUACUUUUUUUGUAAACGAAAAGCAAUCAUAUUUUCACAUAGCUACUACGAGCAACGAAUUCAUUCGCAUCCAUUAUUCAGGGUCUAUUACCAGAAGUAUCAGAUUAACUAUCACAGCUUCAUGUCCUAUGAACCUGCAGUAUUUUCCUAUGGAUCGACAACUGUGCCAUAUAGAGAUAGAGAGUUUCGGGUACACAAUGCGCGAUAUUCGGUACCAUUGGCGCGACGGCCUCGCUAGCGUCGGGAUGAGCAACGAGGUGCAGCUGCCGCAGUUCCGUGUGCUCGGGCAUCGACAGCGAGCAACUGUUGUUACGUUAACGACAGGAAAUUACUCAAGACUGGCUUGUGAAAUACAGUUCGUACGUUCAAUGGGAUACUAUCUUAUUCAAAUUUAUAUUCCUUCGGGGCUUAUUGUUAUUAUAUCCUGGGUAUCGUUCUGGUUGAACCGGAACGCCACGCCUGCCCGAGUUGCCUUGGGCGUGACGACAGUGUUGACGAUGACCACGCUAAUGUCGUCCACCAACGCUGCUCUACCAAAAAUAUCCUACGUCAAGUCUAUAGACGUAUAUCUGGGUACCUGCUUCGUCAUGGUGUUUGCCAGCUUAUUAGAAUACGCUACUGUGGGAUAUAUGGCAAAAAGAAUACAGAUGAGAAAGCAAAGAUUUGUGGCCAUGCAGAAAAUUGCAUCAGAACAAAAGAAGUUGCCUCCAGACUGCCCGCCACUCGGUGAUCCUCAUACGCUUUCCAAGAUGGGAACGUUAGGAAGAUGUCCACCGGGUAGACCUUCGGAAGUAAGAUUUAAAGUGCAUGACCCAAAGGCACAUUCAAAGGGUGGAACACUAGAAAACACUAUAAAUGGCGGAAGAGGUGGAGGAGACGAGGAUAAUGUGAUUCCUCCGCAUAUCUUACACCCGGGAAAGGACAUAAGCAAGUUGCUCGGCAUGACGCCGUCGGACAUCGACAAGUACUCCCGCAUCGUGUUCCCCGUGUGCUUCGUCUGCUUCAACCUCAUGUACUGGAUCAUUUAUCUCCACGUUUCCGACGUCGUGGCUGACGAUCUGGUGCUUCUGGAGGAGGAUAAAUAGAGGGCUAUUUAUAAAAUCCACUUAUUUUUCCACAAAGUUAACCAUGGCAUUCAAUCCCGAUAAUAGUCGUACAAAAGCUAGAUAUUGCAUAGUAAGCGCCAAUCGCCUUUUUAGCAUGUAAUGAUAUGAUGAAUAUAAGGUACAAUAGUGAAAAUCCAGAUAGUAUUCGAUAGAUGAAACCCUUACAAGUUAAUAGUGUAUGGUUGAAUGACCCCGAAUGGUCCGGAUUAUGAGAAUAAGGUGUGAAUGAAGGCAUGCGGAACUAGCGUGUUUGAUUUACAUUUACGUAGUUUGAUACUAAAUGACUGAAAUGAUGUAUAGUUGGAAAAGACUGUAUUUAAAACACUCUUAUUGGACUAGACUACUAAAACGAUUAUUCUCUUCCUCUAAAUCCGGUGGCUAAUGAGUCUAUCACAGCUUCUUUAUAUAAUGUCUAAAUAGAGUACUUACUUAAUUCUAGAAAAAGUGCCGGAUAAGAAUAAAAUUAGGAUAUUUACGACCGAUAGAUUACUCAGAGUACCUUUCCUAAGGUAAUGUAAUUAGAUAAUAUACAAUGUCGUUAAGAUUACUGAAGAUAAUGGGACAUGAUUGGCAUGGAGCUUGAAGGAAUACGGUGGUACAUUUCCCCUGAGAACGAAUGUUGAUACUUAAGCGACUUGUGGAAGUUUAAAUGAGAAUGGAGAAGAACAAUAGUUUCUUAUUAAUACUAUAUAUUUCAUUCCACGAAUUUUCAAAUAAAAUGCACAUUUGUCUUUACUCCUUAUAAAACACCUACUACAUUAUAAUAAAUAAUUGAUUAAGUAAUUUGAAUGCCAUGUCGGUAUCUCAUGUCAUAUUUAUUUCAAUAUAUUUCAUAUUUUAUUCUUUGAGUGGUAAAAUAAGUGGUAAUUACGUGGAAUCGAUCUAAUGCUCAAAAAUUUUUGCUUAUUAUAUACUCAAUUAUGUAGUGAUGACAUUAGAUUUUCCAAUGUGUUAUUAUGUAGAUAAGGUAGUUAUUAUUAUUCGCGGUUUCUUUUUUGGGUUGUAGAUGCUACUCAUUUGUUACAUAAAUUUUAUUAUACUUACCUAUAUAGGUAUUAUUUUGUAAAGCUUUGUAUUUAUGUACCAAAUUAUAAGCAAUUAUUUUGCUUUCAUAUCAAUGCAUGCUUUAACAAUUAUAGCACCUAUAUCCCAAUUUAUGAAUAUGAGAUAAUUUUAAUAAUAAUACAUGUUAAAUGUUUCAUAUUCUAAACAAUAUUGGAAUAUAUUUGCUAUAUUGGUCAAGGCAGACUGAUUAUUAAUCUUUAAUCUUUAAAUAUACUUACUCUUUUAUUUGUAGCCUCCUAGUAGAUAGAGUUUAUUAACUGGUUAUGCAUGAUAGUGAUAUUAGUAUCAUAUUGUUUUGAAAAUUUAAGGUCUACUUUCAAACAAAUUUCACUAAUAUGGACGAAUGAAUUGUAUUUUUAAUAAUAAUGUCGUGGUCGUCUAAUUACCUAUUCAACGAUUUAUAGGUUUUGCGGACGAUCACAAGAGUAUCGAACGAUGUAAACAAAAGGAACAUACAUUUAUUUAUACAAAGUUUUUUCAGAAGUGCGUUAGAUAAUAAAGACAAAAAGAGAUGACUCAGCUCGUCAUUCAUAACCACUCUUUGUACUACGGGUGUACUGGAAAUCGACUGUACCAUAUCAUUGAAAUUUUCUGAAACAGACCUUAAUAUUCUGCCUUAAAACUGAUUUUAUCGCACUUUGUUAUUCAAAUAAAUUAAAAAUGGCUAUACCCAUAAUUACAAUUAUUAAAUAGACAUUUCAGUUCAUAUUUAGUUAAUUGGGUAUUGAUCUUUAUCUAAAUGUUAUUUACAAAGUAUGAUAAAAUCAUUACUUGGCCAUUGCUCAGCAUGUGUGUACAUACUUUUUGUAGUAUUUAUAUACCAAUUAGUACGAUACGUUUCACUAUGAUAUUAACUUAUUGUCAUCAGUGAUUACAAAUUUAUGUAUUAAGUGCAACCUUACGUAAAACAUGAUCCCAACAGUUUCUGUAUUCCAAUCAUACAUGUCAUACGUUACCUUGUUACGGUCUAAGAUGAAUUAAAUAUUUAAUGUAACAGCUGUAAAAAAAUACUUACUCACCAGGAAAAUUAUUAAAGGCAAAAAUCCCCACAUACCUAAGCUACACCUUAGUUAAUGUAAUCAUAAUAAUUAUAAAUAUGCUCAAGUAUAAUAUAAUAUAAAUUAUUUUUAAAAAACUUUCCAUCGCCAUUUAAUAUGGCCAGUGAUAAAUUGUAAACUUUAGAAGGUGAAGAUAAUUUAAAUAUAAAUAGGAAUCUCAUGCACAUAAUCAGUAUCGUACAGGGAAUUUUGUAAUUUGAAACUCAAUACACACACUCACAACGCCACCAAAAUUUCAGUCUUUUAAGAAUGAAAUAUGUGAUUUUCCCUUCCUAUUACAAUAUCACUACGCAGGUAUAGUGUUUAUUAUGCUCAGUUAAUUUAAACUAUGUAAGCUAAAUAUUUUAUUGGCCAUUUCAUUUUGAGUCACCUUACCUCUGUCAGUUUUAAGACCUAUUUGACCGUUUGUACUUUGAUUUCACACAAACCUUACACGAGAAUUUCAGGUUUAUUUAUUGAUCAUCUAAGAAACUCAUACUCGUAUCUAUAUCUAUACUUAGCCAAUAACUAGCACGUUCGAACGUAGACUCUGCUAUGCUUAUCGUAUAAAAAGUAUUGUAUUACCAAUACCACGAUUCCUUCUAUUGUCGCAAUACGGUUAUAUUUAUUUAUGUUCUUAAUUUGCCACAAUCAUUAACGACAAUAGAAAUAAUAAUGGUCUUGUUACUUUGAUUUGGCUGGUUUUAGUGAGAUGUCUUUUUAGUUGCACAUUGCAUUUUAUAUCCAUGUCAUUUAACGCUACUUGAGCAUUGGAUUACUUUUGUUAGUGUAGGAAGCUUAGAUCAAUUGAAUUGCAUAAGCAAAAACAUAUUUAGCUUAUGUAAUAGAAAUGAACUAGAUUUGUUUCACUAACAAAAGUAUGUAACAUAUACAAAUUUAACACCCUCGUUGAUCUGAAAAGCAGGGUAGCCUGUCUUCAGCCAAGAUAUGAAAUAGAAACUACGGAGAUUCAAAUCAUGUUGUUGAUAUUUAAAUUAUAUAGAUCUAGAACGCAAAUUAGUGUCACAGCCUUAGAUUAACUGCCAUUAAUAUAGUUUCAUGUAAUUAUUCAAAUUAAUAUAAGAAAUCUAAAUAUUAUGUUGAUUGAUAUAACAUACGAGUAAAAAAUAUUUUAAUAAAAUGAGCCUUUGGUGCAAUAAUAGUUUUUAUACUAAUUUCUUUAAAAUUAGCGGAAGCUACGUUAUUGGCCAGCUAUUUUGUACAAUUAUAACUGAGGCUAAACUAAGAACUGACGAUUGUAUCUAGAAACUGUUAGAUGUUUCAAAAUCACACUUACCUUAUGAAACGAGGUACUUAUAUAUUUUAGGAUAAUGUCUCUGGAUCCAUACAAAACUUAAUAAACGACAUAAUAUACACAGUUAAGCCUCAUUAUUCACAUUUUAAGCAAUAUUUUACAGUAAGUAUGCAACGCAAUGAACGAUUAAAUAGUUAUUAUAGUAGAAGAUUUCGGUAUGAAAUAAUAAAAUAUUUUGAGGUUGUUUUAUGGUUAUUUUGAAAUUUAUAUAUUUAAGAAAUAUCGAUCUUAUAAUGUCCUAUCACGAUGCACAGCAAUACUGACACUCUGUAAAUUGUGUAACUUAUAUAAUCACCACUUUAAUUGUAGCGAUACUACAAAACUAGAUUAGAAUAUACUAUUAAGAAUAUUAUAACAUCUAGUACUUAAUUAAUUGUAGCAUGAUUGAGUACGUAGGACUACCAGGUAGCCACGGCUUCGUCUCUAUGAAACGAAAUUCUAAAAUACUGUAUUAGUAUAAUAGCAAAUAAGAUGGAUUGAUGGUAAUGAUAGAUAAGUUUCAUUUCUCAUAUAAAUAAUUAUUAAAAUACUAUUUCUGUUACCCUUUUGUUCAGGUACAAUGGUUCAAGUUGACACAAACAAAAGUCAUUAUAGUUAAUGUAGAACAUAAACAAGCUGCCUUAAUUUAACGCCGAAUAUACCAUAGGUUACAUCAAGUACAAUCCGCGAACACCAUUAUUCGAGGUUAACUGUAGAUAUUUAUACAUUAUACGCUUAAAUUCAUAAAUAUUGAGAUGAACAGUAAUACAUUAUUAUUCGUGUUAUUGCACAAUUUGAAAUAGGGCUAUUUGUGGAAUGGAAAUAAGUCUAAAUUUUCGGAAACUACCUACGACUUAGAUAGCUUUUAUUCAGACAUGGUAAAAUAUACAGUUUAUGCGUGUUGCAAAAGUGGUAAACUAAGCCCAAAGGAGUUGUCUCAGUGGAUCGUUAAUGACAAAGGCAUUAUAAUUAUGACAGUACGAGUAUAUAAAUUUUGCAACAUUCAGUAUAUGGAGUUAUAACUAUAUAAUACGUACUUACGAUAUAAUACGUCAGUGUUCAUAAAUAGAAACAAAAUACAAACAUAUUAAUGUUAAUAAAGUAGGUACAUUAAUCACAAAUAAGAACUUGUGUGAGAAAAAAAAAGUUAGGAGUUAAUGUUUAUAGUUUUUGCAAUAAUCUGCUAAAAAUAAAUCAGUACAAAAAUAUUAUAGAAUUUUUAUGAUACAUCAAGAAAAAUACUCAACAUUGAACCUGUAUUGUGAGGUGAUAGAUGUCAGAUUAGGUAUUAAGUGGAGGUUAUUUAUUUAUAAAAUAUAAUAUUUAUAGUUAUUUAGUGUUGGAGAUUGUUCUAAUAGUUAAAUGUUUAAUUGUAUUUUAACGAUAUAUACAUAUUUUGCAAUAAAAUUUCCUACACAAUAACACCAAUUUCAAAUAUUAUUAAGACGCUUAGAUGAUACUUAAUUUAAGUUGAAUAUUAUAAAAUUUUAUCAAGUUAUGAAUGCCGUCACAUAAAAAAUAUUGUAGUUAGAAAUGGUAAUUUAUAUCUUUAUAAUUCAACAGUAUGUUUGCUAUACCCAGCUCCUUUUUACACCUGUGUUCACUUCACUUCAAUAAUCAAUAAUAAACUCAACAUAACUCAAAUAUGACUAGCUCAUGUAGUAGUUUUAAUUUAUAAAACAAGUCCAUCAAACUAAACUUUUCAAUAAAUACCUACCUUUGUUUCCAAAUACCUACUCUUUAUGAAAUUUGCUCGCUAGGCUAUUUUGUUAUAGUAUAUUAAGAUAGGUAUUAUAUAUAGCUUGUGCACUGGAGCGGAGCGGCAAGUGUCUGAAAAAUCCAUAAAUUUCUCAAAAUCAUUGUUUUUAUAAUUUUAUUGGCGUAUUAAUGCGUCCCUGUCGGUAUCUUCACACUCUCCGCUACAGUGGACUGGCAGCCAUACUCUCUUAGAAGCAUAACAACCCACUGUUGGUGUCAACGUAAACCUUUGUAACCUGCUCUCAUUUAAGUUUAAAAAUUUUAGAGUUAUAUACCUAACACUAUUAACAUUACUCAUUGUAUUGCACAUCUGAUAAUAAUUGAUUAAUAUUUUCCAAUUCCAAAUCAUAUACGAUAUCGAGCACAUUAUUUACUUUGUAAGAACACAAAAAGUUCCUAUCGGAUUUUCAUAGUUUUUUUAUAUAAGUACCUACUUACUUACAUACCAAAUUCAAUGUAAUUGUUCAUAAUAAUUGUUUAUUUUAUGUUAAAAUAAGGUAGAUCAUUAUAGAUAUUUGGAAAUUAUAUUUUAAGUUUGAUGUGGUAAGGUGCAUGUGCAUUGAUUUAGUAUGAAGAAUACAUAAAAUUCUAAAGUAUAAAUUGAAACCCUUCCUUCAUAUUAUGUUUACUUUUGAAAGUCUACAAGACAUCACCGUUAAAUACAAAUACUUACAUACAUACCUAAUAGGUAUAAUUUUAAGACGUAACGUUAAAGUCCAAUGAUCGAGAUGUCACACUAACUAUGGUAGGCUUUAAGGUGAAACGUAAGCUCAACUAGCGCCCAAUUAAAAAAAAAAAACAUAACUUCCGUUGGAAAGCGAUUUCCCAUAAACAGACACUUUUCACUCCCUCUUCAUGCUAAUUCUAAUUUUAGAAGAUAAAAUGUAGAAGUUAAAUUAAUAAACGCUAAAAACGGCUGUUUCUGGCGGAAACGACCUCAACUUCCACAAUCUACCGAAGUGGCAUUGAGAAUAAUGAAUUUAUGAAUGAUGAAUUUAUACAUGAACCGCGUAAUUUAACAUUACUUUUACAUGAGCUAUUAUUGUUUGACUUAACGUUCCGUCUUAAAAUAAAAGUGAAAAAGUAUUAAUUCAAAAUUUAAGAUGAUUGUUAAUUUUUUCGUACUUACUAAUAAAAUAAAUACUUAUAGCCAAAAAAAUCGUUGUGAAAAUGUGUGCAGUCUAUGUAAAAUUUUAAGAAAUUAUUUAACAAUACUGCAAGGCAGGUUAAUACCGAUAAGACUUGAAAGUAAAUCGUAUCUUUUGUGUAAAACCAAAUUUCUUUAAAAAAUAAUUACCUAAUUGAUUGUAUCUCUAAAUAAGCAAUAAUAUUAUGACUAAAACACGAAUUCACUUAUUAUUAUUAAAUCAUAAGUUCCCCUUAAAUUUUUCAUACAUUUUAAUGAAAAAUCAAACACUUCACUUUAUUCUUACAACACCCAGCCUAGUUUAUCUAAUAUAAAAACAAUUAAAUCGAAAGAAGAGAUACAGAUGAAAAACUAUCCGGUGGUACAGUUGAAUUGACUAAAUAAUUUCUGCUACUUACUAUGUUUAGCAUUAAAAACAACUAUCAUCCUCAUUUAUGUACCAUGAAAGGAUAUGAUAAUAUAUGAUAUAAUGUAUGUAUCAAAAUUAAAUAAAACCAUUUUUAAGUAAAA